AUGGCAAGAUACCAGGGAUUAUCGAUUCUAUCCUUCUUAGCGCUCUUUUCAACAUUAGCGUCUGCUGAACUAGACUGUUCUCAUAUCAAGGUUGAUGGGGUAUCGUGGGAUCUCAGCAAGCUUGGAGGCGCCUACUCGCUUUCGGAGCUCAGCAGCGGACAUGAAAGUUUCAAUACAACAUACACUCUCGAUAUAUGCAAGCCGUUAACCAAGUCUAUGUGUAAAAAGGGAGCUUAUGUUUGUGCUGUCAAAAAUGCUACCGAUAUACAUGGCAUAGAAAGAACCAUGGAUGUGAUUGAUAUCGCAGGCAACUUUGUUCUCAACAGCGGCAAAACACUCGACCCGGUAUUCACACGGCUAAAGAAGGAUGACCCCGAGCGAGAAGGCCUAAAGAUGGAGCUACAUGGUGGGAAACACACUUUUAAUGGCAAAGUAAAGAACCAGAAGGCGGUGUUCACUUUCUUGUGUGAUGCUGAACGGACUGGACUGGAAGGUUUGGUAGAUGCCAAACCGGAUGGCGAUGAUAAAAAAGAUGAGGAAAAGAAGGGUGAUGAUAAAAAGGAAGGAGACGACAAGGGCAAGUCCGAAAAACGGGAGGAAGGCAUCUCAAAGAGCCUUUUAUUUAAAGGUUAUAAUGAGGAAGAAGGUGUUUUGAAUCUGGAGUGGCGGACGAAAUAUGCCUGUGAGGAUGGUGAGGGUGGAAGUGAUAACAAAUCAUCCGGCCAUUGGGGAUUUUUCACCUGGAUGAUUGUUCUCCUCUUCCUAUGCACUUCAGCUUACCUGAUAUUUGGCUCCUGGCUCAACUACAGCCGCUACGGAGCUCGUGGGUGGGAUCUUCUCCCUCACAGUGACACUAUCCGCGAUAUUCCCUAUAUCCUGAAGGAUUGGGGUCGGCGAGUGAUAAACACUCUUCAAGGAGGCGGCACUCGAGGAGGUUACAGUGCCGUGUGA